CAAGCUGUGCUCGCAGCCAACUUUGCCGCGAUCCACGCCUCAAGCGUUACAUUUACGCACGCCCUGUACCACCUCGCUGCAAAACCAGCGUACACAGGUCUGCUGCGCGAAGAGAUUAAACGCGUCGUGAGUGAGGAUGAGGAUGGGUGGACAAGGGCGGCCCUGGGACGGAUGUGGAGGCUGGAAAGCUUCCUCAAGGAGUCACAACGAAUGAAUGGGGUGUCCCGCAUGGCCAUCCUUCGAUUCACCCUACAAGAUGUGCUGCUUUCGAACGGAACACUGCUCGCGGCAGGUACGCUCGUGACUGGCGUGAUGAGGUCCACCCAUCUUGACGAAGCAAACUUCCCGGACGCCGCGACGUUCGAUCCUGCGCGCUUCUCGAGUAUGAGCGGAGAGGGCAGCAAGAACAGGCGACACUUCGUGGGCACGUCCCCAACGGACAUCGGAUUCGGCCAUGGAAGACAUGCGUGCCUGGGACGCUUCUUCGCAGCGGACGAGCUGAAGAUCAUGCUUGCGUGCGUCGUGAUGCGGUUUGACGUGAAGUUCAGGGAAGAGGGCAAGAGGCCGGAGAACGAGUGGUUCGUGUAUGUAUGCUACCCUGCGCGGGACGCUCAGGUGUUGUUCAUGAAGCGACGUGUGGCGUAG